AUGUCGCGUUGGGACCCCACGACGUGGAAGUUUGACAUCGAUCGGCUUCUGAAUCGCUUCGUUCCUCCGCCGCCGUGGCGUCACCUGCCAUACCCCGUCGCCUACUUUCUUGGCUACCGUCACAAGAAGCCUCGUGAUAUCGGCACAGUCGUCCCCGUGCUCUGGGCCUUUGUCGGUAUCUUUUGCGCCCUCUCCAUUAUUGAGGUUGUGUCGGAGCGCAUACCGUCGUUUAAGGAGAGGGGUGCUCCAAUCAUCGUCGGCUCCUUUGGCGCGGGUGCUGUUCUCGAAUUUUAUGCUAUUGAGUCGCCUCUUGCGCAACCGCGAAACUUCUUCUUUGGCCAGCUCAUCGCUGCGAUCCUUGGUGUCGCUAUUGGCAAGCUGUUUCUGUUGAGCGAUGACUUUGAGUCGAUUCGUUGGGUGGGCGGCGCCAUCUCUUGCGCGACCGUCACGGCUGUUAUGGCCUUGACAAAGACGAUUCAUCCUCCGGCUGGCGCGACUGGUCUUCUCGCUGUCGUUGACGAUCGAUUACUCGCGCUAGGAUGGUUCUUCAUUCCUGUCGUGCUGUUCAAUUGCACCAUCAUGUUUGCUGUCGCGCUGCUCAUCAACAACAUUCAGCGCACGUUCCCUUCAUACUGGUGGACGCCCGAGGACCUCAGAGGAGUACGGACAGAGGGUGAGAAAGCUAGACCGCCGAGCGACAUUGAGAGCAAGGGUGGUGUGGCGGAGGAGAUGAGGACGGAGGAUGGCAGCGACACAGAGAGGCACGAGAGGAAUGAUGGGCAAGAGAUCAUCAUCAAGCCCGGUGGUGUGCUCAUACUACCGAGUCACAUCUUUCUCAUGCAAGAGGAGAUCCAGCUGCUGGAGGAGAUUAGCAAUAGAUUAUAG